AGAUUUUCAGAAUUUAGGAAAAAAAAGGAAACAAUGAAACGCCGCCGUUUUAUCAGAUUUUCAGAAUUUAGGAAAAAAAAAAAGAAAACAACGAAACGCAGUCGUUUUAUCUAAUUUUCAGAACAUGGAAAAAAGGAAAACAAUGAAACGCGGCCGUUUUAAUCAGAUUUUCAGAAUUAAGAAAAAAAAAAGGAAAACAAUGAAACCGCCACCGUUUUAAUUAGAUUUUCCGAUUCGGGAAAAAAGGAAAACUUGGACCUCACGGAGUUUGACUAGUAUCUCUAUAUAAUAAGCAAGUCAAGUGGUCUUCAACCAAACAUUCUGAAAACAAACAAAACACAGAGAACAUAGAGAUAACGAUUUAGAGAAGAGAAAGAAAAAACACACAAAGAAAGAAUGAGUCAAGAACGUAUUGCAGAAACUAGGGUUAGGUCUCGUUCCGUCGACAACACGGAAGAGGUUCUUGAUGAUCUUGCGGAGGAACCUAGGGCUAUUCCUAUCGACGACAAAGUAGGGAAGAAGAGACAGAGGAAUCAAAAAGACGAGUCUCGACCUAACAAGAAGAAGAAGAAGCAAGACUCGGUUCGUGCAGAGAUCGAAGAGAUGUGGGAUUCACUCACGAACACCAACACUCCAAACCCUAACCCUACUAAGGCUGUUAUCGAUCGCGCCAAGAGGAAGGAAGACAACGACGAGAUAGCCAAACUCUUCCAAGUGAGAAAACGCAAGUCCGUGUGGCAGAAAACGAAAGCCGAGAUCGCGUUGCAAGUCGAACAAGUCAUGGCCAAUCUCGAGCUCGCGGUAGAGGACGACGUGGAGCUCAACAAGCAAGGCCAACCCGCGACCAACAAGCUCACCAAGCUCCCUAUCCUCGUCGGGGCUCUCUCCAAGAAACACCUCCAAGCCGCGUUCUUGGACCACGGGGUGCUCAGCCUCCUCAAGAACUGGCUCGAGCCUCUUCCGGACGGUAGCUUGCCGAACACGAACGUCCGCACCUCUGUUUUACAGAUUCUCGACGAUUUAAGCAUCAUUCUAGGGAAAGGAGAGGGGUGCAGGAGGGAGCAGCUGGUUAAGAGCGGUCUCGCUAAGGUUGUGAUGUUCUUGUCGAGGACGGACGAGGAGACUAGGGGUAACAGGAGGCUUGCUAACGACUUGGUUAACAAAUGGGGGCAUAUGAUUUACGAUAGGAGCACGAGGUUCGAGGACAUGUUGAGCCAAGAGGAGAGGGAAGAGCAAGAGGAGGUGCUUUCGAGAAGAGAGAAGAAGAAGAAAGCUCGGGAAGUGAGAGUUGGAGGGUUUGAUGAGGAUGUGGACUUCUCUGUGGAAGAGAAACCAAAGGUGCCAGGUGGUAGAGUGGUGACGGUGGUGCCGACGGCGACGGCGAUGGAGUUUGUGCUACGGCCUAGACCGAAAGUUGACGAGAGGCUCAAGGCUCGUGCGAAGAUGCACCUUGCUGGCGGAAGGUAUGAAAAUUUGAUGAAGAGAGUGAAGGAGAGGAAGGCGGUUAGGGAACAAUCUAUGCAUGCCUUGAAGCUUAGUGUUGACGGUCACAGCAAGCCUAAGUACUAGUAGAUAUUGUUACUAGUUGUGUCUAGUGAUUAAGAUAAAGAGAGAUUAAACUGACUAUGUAGAACUCCUAAAGUGUUAUUAUACAAUGAAUAUAUAAAGACUUUUUUUGCUUGUGAAAUAUAUGUGCGGUGACAAAUCAAACAACUCCUAACUCUGGACAUAGGGCUGAAAGACAGAACAGGUGCUUCUUUAAACAUACAAAUGUCAUAUGGUCUAUGUUAUGCAUUUUAAGAUUAAAAAUGAUCCUACAAAAAAAGAGCCGUGAAGAUAACUGCUGUUAGGAAAACAUUAGGAAAUGAGAUUACUCUCUGGAUCCCAAUGCCAAAAUUUACAACAUGGGGGGAGAGAACUGCUAUUAGCUCCUUUGCUCAGAUUGCAAAACCAUCAGCUGUUAAAGACUGUAGGUUCAGGUUUUUUACAUUGGCAACAAGGAAGUUAGUUGCUUUGAAUUCAAAUAUGUAAAAAUUUUAUUUGGUCACAAGUGAAAUUACUAGAAACAUUAGAAAAGCAUAUAAUUUGUAUUACAAGGAAAACUACAAGCGAAAAUUUUGUUUAAACAACAAAAAAAAGUCUAAGCUCUUCUCAAACUGUGUUCAACCCUUUUGAAGUUGCCACAGUAGCUAACGUGCCUUCUCUGCUUUGAAACUGCGUACAACUUUUACGCUAA